AUGCGACAGUUGAAGACAGACGACGGCUAUGCGACGGGAAAGGAUCUCGUAUCAGUCGACGAGAUGGACAAUGGACAGGUGGACGACAAAGCCUACGCCACCGACAUUUCCACAUUUAAUCGAUUGUGGCGUUUUCUGCUCGUUCUUCCUGGAUUAUUCUCCCGUUUGUUCGGAUAUGGGCUAUUCUUUGUGCAAUUUAUUGAUUUCAUGUACAACAGCGAUAUUGGUAUACAAUUCGUGAAGAAAAAUAUCACAUCUCACAUACCUCCGGCUCCGCAUAAGCUUCUAUGCGAGUCCAAUGUUCAACUUUUGGAUACAAAUAAGUGUCCAUUAUGCUUACGACGUAGAACGAACGACACCGCAUUAUCAGUAUCUGGAUACGUGUUCUGUUAUGCUUGCAUUGACAAUCAUGUCAAGGAAUUUAGAAGGCAGGUGUAA